AUGCCUUUACCAGAUACUUUAAGGUUCUUAGGAUUGACUCUAUCUUGGACUUUAAGAGCUGGGUGCUUACUACAUGUGCUUCAUGAGCAUGCUUAUGAGUUCACAGAGACGAGGGGCGAAUCCAUGUUACCGACUCUACAGAACCACAAUGACUAUGUGCAUGUAGUAAAGAAAUAUAAGCUCGGUAGAGGUCUUGAUAUGGGAGAUUGUAUUGUUGCAAUCAAGCCAAGUGACCCUGACCACAGGGUGUGCAAAAGAAUAACGGGUAUGCCGGGAGAUAUUAUAUUAGUUGAUCCAUCAUCAUCUUCGGAAUUGACUAAUUCAGCUGCAGAAAUCAUUCAACACGAUGGUUACAACAAAUUUGUAAGAGUUCCAGAGGGUCAUGUAUGGUGUACAGGAGAUAAUCUUUGCCAUUCGUUAGACUCUAGGUCAUAUUCAUUUAUGCCUAUGGCUUUAAUAAAAGGAAAAAUAAUAGCUGCCAACUCUAUGGAUAAGGGCCUAAAAGACAAAGAAACUGGAAAAUACUGGUUUUGGAACUUUAGAUGGAUUGAAAAUAAUUUCAUCGCCAAAUGA